AUGUUCGCGUCUUUCAUUUCCUCCUCCUCGCUGCUUUCUCCGACGCAUUUCGCUUCUCCGUCAUCGCCGAACGAGCUUGAUUCGUUGGAGUCUCGAGAGAAUCAUCCUUUGAGUGUUAAAGUUACGUCUUUUAUUUUGUUAGACUGGUCUAAUGAUUGGUUCCUGCCUACAAGAGGAAGCCAUGAAAGUCAAGCUCUUGCGUGGCAUGCGGUUGCAUCAUGGACAUGGGAUGCUCAAGAUGAGACAUGUGGGAUAUGUCGUAUGCCAUUUGACGGUUGUUGUCCUGACUGCAAACUCCCUGGAGAUGAUUGCCCUCUAAUUUGGGGAGCUUGCAACCAUUCGUUUCAUCUCCAUUGUAUAUUGAAAUGGGUUAAUUCACAGACGAGUCAAGCUCAUUGCCCUAUGUGCCGUAGAGAAUGGCAAUUUAAAGAGUAAGAAGUGGAGACAGAGAGUUGUGCCUUAAUUAGAUAUCUAGCUUUGGUUUCCCUCUUUAAAGGUGUGUUGGAACAUUGUUUCGAAUUCAAUACGACCCCCAUCGAUUUUAAUGUAAAAUAAGUCUUCACUUUGAAAA